GUUGUGUGCAAAAUUUGGCCACUUGUUUGUCACUCAAAUGACAGUUGAAAGAUGGAAAUCGGGCACGAAUCCUCGCACAAAGACCUCGACGCCAAGUCUGAAAAGUCCCUCGACGAGGCAAAAGAAUCAAAGGUCGAGCUCCACGAGAGCUUGGACGAGUACGACUUGGAAAUCCUCCACGACAUUUUCGCCAAACAGUCAGGCAAAGGCUUCGACUUGCCCACCUUGAAAGAAAUCCUCGAGAACGUCGGCAAGCUCCAACUCUCCGACGAGGACUUCAACGUAAUCUUCAUGCGCAUGAACACCGCGAGAAACGGCUUCGUCAACUGGAACGAAUUCAUCUCGUUCCUGAUCCUCUGCUACGAACAGAAGGACGUGAAGGCCGAGUUCGAGACCUUGGAGAACCCCAUCCCGGUGGCCGCCACGCUGGUCCGCAGCAACCACCGCUACACCAUCAACAGGAUCACCUACUGCCCCACGGUGCGCCCCGACAGGACCAUCAGCUGGCACGACGGCAGCUUCAUGACCUGCAGCCGGGACGGCACCAUCAACUACUGGUCGCUGGACGUCCAGUUCGAGCGGUCGGUCAAGUCCACGUGCCCCAACCUCCGCGUCCAGCAGACGUGGGUCACCGACAUGGUGGCCCUCCCCGACGUCAGCGUCGUCUGCACCUCGAGCACCGAGCGCGACUUGCGCUUCUACGACACCAGUGCGCGAAAGUUCGAGUUGCGGGUGAUCUUCACCUCGAUCGAGUGUGCGAUUUACUCCAUGAACUACUGGUUCAGUGACGACCCGAACGAGGAGUCCAAGCUGGUGCUGGGGGACAUGGGGGGCAACAUCCACGUCAUCUUCAUAGAGUCCUUCGCCCGCGGGCCCUUCCGCAGCCAGCUGGGCCUGCCGCUGCUGGAAGUCCGGUACGAGAAGGUGAUCAAGGGCCUGGUGGACGGCUUCCGGGUCAAAAUCCUCCCCAAGCAGCACUCAAACGUCAUUCUGCAAAUCCAGUACUACCACCGGCUCAACACCAUCAUCUCGUGCUCCGAGUGCCCCAAGGUGGGGCUCCUGAUGCGGGACCUGGCCGAGGACAAGGGCAAAUACGUGUACAACCUGCCCAAGGGCGCGUGGUGCUUCUCGGUCGAUGGCACCCAGAUGCUGGCAAGUGGUGGCUCCGAUUGCUUGGUGCGGCUGUGGAACCCGUUCGUUCCCCAGAACCCCAUUGCAGUGCUGUAUGGGCACCAUACGGCCAUUUCCUCAAUGAUUUUGCAGGAUGAUGCAAAAUUUUUGUAUAGUUUGUCUCAGGAUAAGAGUAUCAGGGUUUGGGACGUGGCGAAGCAAACCUGCGUCCAGAACUAUCUCGGGAUACCGCAGGAGUUGGGGGAGCACAGCGACAUGACCACGCUUUACAAUCCAGAGAGCCGGCAAUGGAUUAUCGGGAGUACCAUGCUGGCCGUUAUCCCACUCAGUCCCAAGCAAAGUGGGGAACACACCGAUGGGUUCACACACACUGCUGGGGUUUCGGUGGUACUGUAUAACCCACUUUUCAAGAUAAUCGUCACUUGCGGCCUGGACAGCCACAUCAUCGUGUGGAAUCCCUGGGAUGGCCGUCGCAUGAUCGCCAUCAAAGAAGCCCACACGAAAAGCGUCCACGCCGAGAUAAUCCCUAUUGAGAUAACGGCCGCCAGUUUUGACCCCGGAUUUCAGCGUCUAGUAACAGGUGCCCACGACGGUUCCCUAAAAAUUUGGAACUUCAACACUGGAACCUGCCUUCGCAACAUGAAAAUUGACCAAAACGCCGAAAUCAAAUGCAUCAUUUGGGUGAAACACCGCAUUCUGGUCAUGGGCUGGAACCGAAGGGUGACAGAGUUCGGGGACAGUGGCGAAGUUGUGGCCGUGGGAGGACAGUUUCACAAAAACUGGGACUUGAGGCAUAAGGAGGACAUCAGCUCUGCUGCCGUAAGGAUACCUCAGACUAUAGUCACAGGGACCUACGACGGCGAGCUGAUCAUGUGGCGGCUUGAGACAGGGCAGCCCUACAAGCAGUUUAAUGCCGCCGAUCCCACCACCAGGAUUAAAAUUCAGUACAGAAAACUGAAGCACAAAGUGGAGGCAAAAGUGAACAAAUUCAGCAAGAAGAACAUCAUCGCGCGAGCGUUGGGCAAACCCAUCGAGAAGGAGAAGAAGGAACCGCCGAAACCGCCUCCCGCCGAAGAGGAAAUCGUCCGACCUAACGUCUCGCGCCGCCUCUCCGCCGUGCAGAAGCUCAUCGGGCAGAGCUCGACGUCGAGCCGGAUCCCUUCAAGGGCCCGCCGCGUCUCGACCGUGGUGAUGCCCGAGCAGUGCAUGCCUCUGAGACGCCUCGCCAUCCACUCGAUGCUGUUCCUCAACAGCCGGCCGAUGGACCCCGAGGUCGGGACGCUCCUCAUCUCGCUGGAGAACGGGGCCAUCCAGGUGUGGUCCCACCACAUGAGCGGCGGCUUCAUAACGUCCUUCUCGGCCAUACACAAGGCCGGGGACUACGUCAUUUGCAUGGCCACCGACGAGAAAAACGACUACCUCUUCACGGGCUCCAGUGUGGGUUACAUCAAAACGUGGCUUUUGCGCAACUACUGCGAGCCCGAAACGGAAACGAUAAGCAUGCCGAAACUGCGACUGCAGUUCCCGUUUCUGUGGGGCGACUUCUUCGCCGGCCGCGCCGCCAGGAUCGCAAAUACCCAAAGCCUGCCCAUGCUUUUGAACAGCUACAAAGGGCACGUUAUGACGAUUUCGCAUUUGACGUACAUUGACGACGCCCAAAUUUUGAUAAGUGCCAGUGCUGAUUACACGGCGCGGAUGUGGACGCUGAGCGGUCGCUAUUUGCAAACUUUGGGGACGUUUAAGAAGUGGAAAACUGUUCCUCAAGGCCACGAAGCGCGGCCUGAGGAGUUCCAGUUCACGACUCCUCCAGACAUCGAAAGAGUUGGAAGUUCGACGACUCUGCGAGUGCUUCGAGGUGGUGCCACUCUGCGUAAGAUGACGUUCAAGCAACUGCAAGCCAAGGAAGUGAAGGAGUUAACGCAUGUGGACCACAGCAAGAUUUACGGCAACAGGUUGGAGGAACCGAUCUUGGGGCAUUACUACAAGCCCUCAGUUAGGACGACGCAGUUUCACGAAAUUAAGUUCGAUACGUCGUUUCCUUAUAUUCCUGUUUAUCAACAUUUAAUCAUGCCCCCGUCGCAUGAUCUGACUCUGACUAGUCUCAAGCCAAAGUCACAAGAGGCGUUACAGGAAGUGAAGAAAACCCCGAAAGAAGAAGCGGAAAAGAAGGAUAAGGAAAGCAAACGCUCCUCUGCUUCGAAAUAAUUGCCUCUACUAUAAAUUAAUUAUACGAAAAUAAAUUCUCAAACAAA